AUGUUGGACAUAACCCCACCCAACAUCCAUCCAUCUAUCUAUCUAUCUAUCUAUCUAUCUAUCUAUCUAUCUAUCUAUCUAAUCUCUACUGUUCAUAUCUAUCUAUCUAUCUAUCUAUCUAUCUAUGGUUGUUCAUAUCUAUCUAUCUAUCUAUCUAUCUAUCUAUCUAUCUAUCUAUCUAUCUAUCUCAGUUUGCGCAUAUCUGUGUAUAAACUUCUACUCAUUUCUCUCUCUCAUAUUUUCUCUUUUCUCUCUUUUUCUCUCUUUCACUCUCUCUUUCUCUCUCACUAUCCAUCUAUCUCAGUUUUUUCAUCUUUGUGUAUAAAAUUCUAUCUAUCUAUCUAUCUAUCUAUCUAUCUAUCUAUCUAUCACUACAGCAGACCUAGGAAUCUAUCUAUCUAUCUAUCUAUCUAUCUAUCUAUCUAUCUAUCACGGCGGGCGCGGCCAGACAGACGUCACAUUUGGCGCAGCGACACCGGGGGACGUCACAUCUAUCUAUCUAUCUAUCUAUCUAUCUAUCUAUCUAUCUAUCUAUCUAUCUAUCUAUGCAUCUUACUUUUUUAUUCUACUCAAAUUCUUAUUCUCCGCUUCCUUUCUAUCUUUUCCUCUUUCUUUCUUUCUUUCUUUCUUUCUUCAUAUUCUACCUCACUGUCUUUUUCCUCAUACUUCUCCCCUCACUCAUUCCAUCUUUAUCCUCACUUUCCCUUCGCUAUCAUUUUCCCGUCUUAUUCAUUCUUUUCUUCCUUUUCAUUCCUGCUCUCUCUCCCCUUCUGUCUCCCUCUCUCUAUAUCUCCCUCUCUCUCUUCCCCUCCCUUUUGUUCCCGUCUUAGGCCUCCUUUUUUAGACAUUUGUUUUAUUCUGCUCACAUUCUUGUUACCAUCUUCCUUUCCAACUUUUCCGCUUUUGUCUUUCUUUCUUUCUUUUUUUCUUUCUUUCUUUCUUUCUUUCUUUCUUUCUUUCUUUUCCUCAUAUUCUACUUCACUACUUCACUGUCUUUCUCUUCAUACUUCUUCUCCACUCACUCUUUCCGUCUUUAUCCGCAUUUUCCCUUCGCUAUCAUCUUCCCGCCUUCAUUCUUUUCUUCCUUUUCAUUCGUGCUCUCUCUCUCUUUCUUUGUCUACCUCCCUCUAUCUAUCUCUCUCCCUCUCUCUCCCUCCCUCUGUUCCACUCUUUCCAGCUUCUACCUUUUUCUUCGUCCUCCGUCGCUAUCAAUGUCAUCAUUCGCCGGCGUCUUUCUUUCUUUCUUUCUUUCUUUCUUUCUUUCUUACUGAAGUACCAAUCUACCCCGAGUAA